UCUUCAAAGGCUGAUCAAGAUCUUGUUGAAGCCGUUGAUCACUUGCUUGGAGGCCUAGUAGCUCCUGAUCAUUAUGAUCAUCAUGAUCAUCAACAUCAACAAAUACAAGAAGAAAAUGUUCAGAGUUUUAUGGGAAUUAAUCAUGAUCAACAAGAUGAUAUGAAUAUUCAUCAAUUUGGGUUACAGGGUUUGCUAGGGGAGGAUGACCAAGUGGUGCAAGAUGUGUUUUGGUCCGAUGAUGCAGCAACGACGUCGUCUUUGACGAGUAGCACUGCUAGUUUUUCAUGGCAGCCCAUGGUGCAUCUGCAAGAGCUGGACUAUUCACUACCGUCCGAUGAUGAUCAAAUGAAGAUCUCCACCAAUCUUUGUAGUGAUAAUUGGAGCUCCUUUGAUUUUUCAGGAUUUGAAGUUUUCUCACGGUCUUAAUUGGAUGCUAAUUACAAAGGCAUUUUAACUUCUUGUUAGUUAAUUUCGUUUUACAAUUUUUGUUCUUCUGUAGUUAGGGAUCGAGUUCAGUACUGUUACAUUGCCAAUGCCAUGGUAAAAAAAAAAUGUCAUGGCAUAUACAUAUAUUUAUACCUAUAUAUAAUACAAUAAAUUUUUUUAUAUUAAUAUAUGAUCGAGCGAGUCAAUUAAUAUUUUGCUAACUUUAUGGCUA